AUGGCGGUGUAUAGAGGCGAAACUCAUGACAAUCUUUGGGGAAAAGCGAUUGAAAGAAUAAAAAACGUGUUUGGAAUACCUUCUUUACAUGCUGAACAAGAAGAGGCAUUAAGACAGUUCUUUUCUAACCAAGACGUGUUUGUGAACCUUCCAACAUCAUUUGGAAAAUCCCUUAUUUUUCAAGCUACACCAAUCAUGGCAGAUGUUGUCCUUCGAAGAAGUGAAGGAACAUGCAUUGUUAUUGUUAUUUCACCACUGAAAUCUUUAAUGGAAGAUCAAGUUCGCCAUCUAAAGAAUCUAAAUAUAUCUGCAGUGAGUGUUACUGAUGAACACAAUGAUAGAAUCGUUGGCGAUAUUAUUGAUGGAAAAUACACUCAUGUGUAUGGUUCACCAGAAUGUUUUCUCAAAACUACAUGGAGGGGAUUAUUCUCGAGCAAACAAUUUAGAUCCUCUUUGGUGUGUGUUGCUGUUGAUGAAGCACAUUGCAUCAGUCAAUGGUAAGUGCGUCAUAUAAAUGGAUUUGGAAUAUAUAUUUUUUGAAUUUCUUGAUAUAUAUUGGGCCAUUCCAUUUAAUAUAGGCACCCCCGUAUUGAGGGGUCUGGAAAUCCUUUGAGGGGGCAGGGGGUUUUUAUCUUAAAAUUUCCUAGAGGGCAGCUUAAAACAUUUUCAAAAAAAUAGCAAAAAUUAGGUGUUUUAGUGAUAUCCAAGGGGGUAAAAACGAUAUCCUAGAGGGGGUAUAAAGAUAUCCAUGGGGAUAACUUCCAAAAAUCACAUCCAAGGGCAUUCUAAAUUUUUUAUAUCCUAAGGGGAUUAUGAAGGGACCCCUCAAUAGGAGGGGGGGGUGCCUAUAUUAAAUGGAAUGGCCCAUUAUAUAUACAUCUCUCUUGCUUGUACAUGUAUAUUUGACAUGCUUUGUUAGAGUUUAUAGUGUUUAAUGUUUUUAAUUAUUUAAUUAUAGAUGAAGUAAUUUUAUAGAUACUGUAUUUUCUACUUUUUGUUUUAAAGGGGCCUGCCUGGUGCUAAGAAAUGUGAACUUCCAUUCCGGAAGUGGUAUGGCAAUCUUGGGGAAUUAAGAUCUCUUGUUCUCGGUGAUGUUAAGAUGAUUGUAGCAACAGCGUCAGCAAGUAAAGAUACCAAAGCUCUCGUAUAUGAAAGUUUGAAAUUGAAUAAUGAUACUUACAUUGUAUCUAAGUCUCCGGAUCAAAUGAAUUUAACUUACUGUGUACAAUAUACAGAUAAGGACACUCCUUUGGAAACACUUUUUUCUGAAAUAAUUGAGAAUGUCAAGAGUAAAGGUAUAUGUGCCUCAAGAACUAUUAUUUACUGUCAAACACGUAAACAGUGUGCUAUUUUGUAUCGUGUGUUCGAGACCAACCUGGGUACAUCAUUUUACAAGGAUGCAGUGCCAAACUGUAAGAAACGCUUAGUAGAAAUGUACCAUGCUGGAACUCCAAAAACAGUAAAACAACAUAUAUCCAAGAACUUGUCAAGUGACGAAGGUCAUAUAAGAAUUCUCAUUGCAACCAUAGCAUUUGGAAUGGGGAUUGACUGCAAGCAAGUGAACAGAAUUAUACACUUUGGACCAUCCAAAAAUAUUGAGUGUUACAUUCAAGAAAGUGGGCGGGCAGGAAGAGAUGGAUCCCAAAGUGAAUGUAUCUUAUUAUUUAAUGGCUUGCUAUCUUCACAUUGUUCCCAAGACAUGAAAGACCUCCUUCAUGCUGAAAGUGGUUGUAGAAGGGAAUUGAUAAUGAAAACAUUUGGAUUUACCCCAGCAGUAGGCAUAAAAAACAAACACACUUGUUGUGACAAAUGUGCCAAGAAAUGCAGUUGUGGUGAGGAUUGUAAAUUAGGACUGGGUCUUAAAUUUCAUGAUGGGACAGUUAGCAUAAAUGAGACCCCUCGACAAACACGACCUGUCAGUCGGGACCAAAAGAAACUAUUAGAAAGAGAGUUAAAGUCAUUUAGAGAUAAUCUAAUCAGAGAACAUAAAGCAAAGGUACUGAAUACUGUCUCGCUACCAACCUCCUUGCUUGAAUUUGGAAAACUUAUAUAUAAACUUAUAAGCAUAAUUGAAAACUGUCACAAAAUAUUUUCCAUUUCGGAUGUCAUGCAAUAUGUUGAAGUCUGGCGUAAAUCACAUGCAUUUGGAAUUUUAACAGCCAUAAAUGAUGUAUUUAAUGACAUUAGCGAUAUUCCUGUUUCGGAAAGUUUAUCUGAAUCAGAUGAAAUAAUAGGGGACAUGGACUGGGAAGAAAUUCACCAUGAUUCAACAUUAUUUUCACUGUUUGAUUCGGAUGAUGAAAGCAUGGAAGUAGACGAAACACUAGAAUCUGGGGAAGGAUCACUGAACAACAGCAGCUUUUUUCUUAAUUUAGCAAUUAACAGUUAA